UCAUUUAACACUUAAAACUCAAAUCCCCUUAUCUCUCUUCUUCUCUUUUCUCCCUCGCUCUUGUUAAGACAAAAAAAAAAAAAAAAUCACCUAAAAAUGGCCUGCAAUUUGGUGAACAAUGCUGCAAUUACCAACCAAUUAGUAGCCAAAUCACAUGUAAACGUUGGUAAAUUAGGAACUGGGCCAAACAUUUUGGCCACAGCAAACAAGAAUUAUAUGAGAACAAUAAAGAUGCAGCUUGUGAUUGAUGACCCCAAGAAGUCCCAAAAUUUAGGAUUUGGGGAGUUGGGAAAGUUUGGAAAAUUUGGUGGCAAGUUUGUGCCUGAAUCUCUAAUCACUUGCUUGGGCAAAUUGGAAGCUGAGUUCAACUUGGUUUUAAACGAUUCCAAAUUCCAGGAGGAGCUGGAGGUGGCGCUGAGGGAUUUUGUUGGACGAGAAACGCCGCUAUAUUACGCGGAGAGGCUAACAAAGCACUACAAAAACGAAGAAGGAAAGGGACCUGAAAUAUACAUAAAAAGAGAGGAUUUGAACCAUUGUGGUGCGCACAAGAUGAACAAUGCGAUCGCACAGGUUAUGAUUGCGAAGCGCAUGGGGCGGAAGAGCGUGGUUGCGGCCACUGGGGCUGGACAGCACGGCGUUGCCACUGCAGCUGCUUGCGCCAAACAUGAUUUAGAUUGCACCAUUUUCAUGGGCACUGAAGAUAUCAAAAAGCAAUCUUCAAAUGUUCUCUUAAUCAAAAUGCUGGGUGCUAAGGUGAAAGCUGUGGAGGGAAAUUUCAAGGACGCAUCAUCAGAGGCAAUAAGAGGGUGGGUGGGGAACUUAGAAACGAGCUAUUAUUUAACGGGCACAGUGGUGGGUCCACAUCCUUGUCCCGCCAUGGUUAGGGAGUUUCAGUCCGUGAUUGGUAAAGAGACGCGAAGACAAGCCAUGGAAAAAUGGGGAGCCAAACCAGAUGUUCUUUUGGCUUGCAUUGGUAGUGGCUCAAAUGCUUUGGGACUCUUCCAUGAAUUCAUUAAUGAAAAAGAUGUUAGGCUGAUCGGAGUGGAGGCUGCCGGAUUCGGCUUGGAUAGUGGAAAGCAUUCUGCAACUUUGUCUAAAGGCCAUGUUGGGGUCUACCAUGGAGCUUUGAGUUACCUUUUGCAAGACGAUGAAGGCCAGAUUUUGAACCCCCAUUCCGUUGGUGUAGGGCUAGAAUAUCCAGGAGUAGGGCCAGAACUGAGCUUUCUAAAAGACAGUGGAAGAGCUGAAUUUGAAACGGCGUCGGACACGGAGGCAGUGGAAGCUUACAAACUCCUAGCCAAGCUGGAAGGCAUAUUCCCAGCGCUGGAGGCUUCUCAUGCUUUUGCUUAUCUUCAUAAGCUUUGCCCCACUCUGCCCGACGGUUGCAAGGUCGUCGUCAAUUGCAGUGGGCGUGGUGAUAAAGACGCUGCCAUUGUUUUCAACUAUCACCAACACAACCACUAGCUAUAAUUCCUCAUUUUCAAUAUUAUUUCUUGUAAAUAAAUAUGUUAUUAUUGUUUUUGCUUAUUUUUCAUUUAUAUACAAACAAAAGAGAUAAGAAUCAAUUUAGAUUUCAUCCAACCAAUGACUAAUUAAUUAUUAGAGUUUGUAUAUAUACAAUCCUUUAUGGGUGUAUGAUUAUCAUUCCUCUAAAAAA